AUCCGGUGUCUCUCUCCCAGCCUCUCGCCGGCAGCCGCAGCCAUGGGGAAAGUUACGGGCCGGUCCCCAGCGGGCUGGCGCGUUGCUCUGCUCGCCGGGACCUGGCUUGUCCAAUUCCUCUGCACCUUUGGCACCAGCGGGGCCGAGAUAACCUGCCGCGCCUGCCUGGCCCCGGGGAAGCCGCCUCGGCCGCAGCGGGGAUUAUUAUUCAUGUCCGGGUGGCCGGGCCGCGGGGAAGAGGCGAGGCGGUUCCCGGCGGCUGGGGGGAAAGUGACCUCCCCGGCUGCUCCCAGCCAGGAGAAACCUACCGACCCCAGCGCAUCCCCAGCGCGCCCCGCUGGCCCCGGCCUGCCCCGAGCUCCCCCCCGCGGGACUGCGCCCGCCCUGCCGGGCCGGCGAGGCGAAGAGCGGACCCCGGCGGGGCGUGCGCCCCGCGGCAGCCGGCUGAGAAGGAGCCAGGCGGAGCGAAGGAGAGCCAGGGGGGUCCCGGCGGAGCGGGACCAGCAGGGCAGGGAGGCGGCGGCAGCAUCCCCCGGGCAGCCGCAGGGCAAAGCCACCCGCUUCAGGCUGGAGGAGCUGACGCUGAGCAGUAGCACCUUCGCGCUGACCGGGGACUCGGCGCACAACCAAGCCAUGGUGCACUGGUCCGGCCACAACAGCAGCGUGAUUCUAAUUCUGACAAAGCUGUAUGACUACAACCUGGGGAGCAUCACCGAGAGCUCGCUUUGGAGGUCAACAGAUUAUGGGACAACAUAUGAGAAACUGAACGAUAAGGUUGGCCUGAAGACUAUUUUGAGCUACCUGUACGUCUGCCCAACCAACAAGCGCAAGAUUAUGUUGCUGACUGACCCGGAGAUUGAGAGCAGUUUACUGAUUAGCUCUGACGAAGGGGCCACGUAUCAAAAAUACCGUCUGAACUUCUACAUCCAGAGCCUGCUGUUCCACCCCAAACAGGAGGACUGGAUUCUGGCAUACAGUCUCGAUCAGAAGUUAUACAGUUCGGUUGAGUUUGGCAGAAGAUGGCAGCUUCUCCAGGAGGGUGUCGCACCAAACAGGUUCUAUUGGUCUGUGAUGGGUUCCAGUAAAGAGCCAGACCUUGUGCACCUGGAGGCGAAGACAGUGGAUGGCCAUGCGCAGUACAUCACCUGCAGGAUGCAGAACUGCACCGAAGCCACCCGGAGCAAACCGUUUCCAGGCUACAUUGACCCUGACUCCCUGAUUGUGCAGGACGAUUAUGUGUUUGUUCAGUUAACAUCGGGAGGACGGCCACACUAUUACGUGUCCUAUAGGAGAAACACAUUUGCACAGAUGAAGCUGCCAAAGUAUUCUUUGCCCAAGGAUAUGCACGUUAUCAGCACGGAUGAGAAUCAGGUAUUUGCAGCCGUGCAGGAGUGGAACCAGAACGAUACGUACAACCUUUAUAUAUCUGACACCAGAGGGGUCUACUUCACGCUGGCCUUGGAGAAUGUCAAGAGUAGCCGAGGGCUGGAGGGUAAUGUGAUGAUCGACCUCUAUGAGGUAGCAGGGAUAAAGGGAAUGUUCUUGGCUAACAAGAAGAUUGACAACCAAGUGAAAACUUUCAUCACCUACAACAAAGGAAGAGACUGGCGCUUGCUACAGGCUCCAGACACUGAUCUGAGAGGAAACCCUGUUCGUUGCCUCCUACCCUAUUGUUCGCUGCACCUUCACCUAAAGGUUUCUGAGAACCCGUACACUUCAGGAAACAUCGCCAGCCGAGAUACUGCCCCUAGCAUUAUCGUGGCUUCUGGUAACAUAGGUACCGAAUUGUCAGACAACGACAUCAGCAUGUUUGUUUCAUCGGACGCUGGGAACACAUGGAGACAGAUCUUUGAAGAGGAGCACAGUUUUUUAUACCUGGAUCAAGGUGGUGUCCUGGUCGCCAUGAAACACACAUCGUUGCCUAUCAGACAUCUAUGGUUAAGUUUCGAUGAAGGGAGAUCCUGGAGCAAGUACAGCUUCACGUCCACCCCACUCUUUGUUGACGGGGUAUUGGGUGAGCCUGGCGAGGAGACUCUGAUCAUGACAGUGUUCGGACACUUCAGCCAUCGCUCGGAAUGGCAGCUGGUGAAAGUGGACUACAAGUCAAUUUUUGACAGGAGAUGUGCAGAAGAGGACUACCGGCCGUGGCAGCUCCAUAGCCAGGGAGAAGCGUGCAUUAUGGGAGCGAAACGGAUCUACAGGAAACGCAAAUCGGAGAAGAAGUGCAUGCAGGGAAAAUACGCUGGGGCCAUGGCAUCGGAACCAUGCGUUUGCACGGAGGCAGACUUUGAUUGUGAUUAUGGAUAUGAGCGUCACACCAAUGGCCAGUGUCUACCGGCGUUUUGGUAUAACCCGUCAUCCUUGUCAAAAGACUGUAGCUUUGGACAGAGUUAUCUCAACAGCACCGGGUACAGAAAGGUUGUGUCUAAUAACUGCACCGAUGGCGUGAGAGAACAGUACACAGCUAAACCCCAGCAGUGUCCUGGCAAGGCCCCCCGCGGACUGCGUAUCAUCACCUCGGAUGGGAAACUGACCGCAGAACAAGGGCACAACGUUACUCUCAUGGUGCAGCUGGAGGAGGGCGACGUCCAAAGGAUGAUCAUUCAGGUGGAUUUUGGAGACGGCAUCGCCGUGUCCUACGCCAAUCUCAGCUCGAUGGAGGACGGGAUCAAGCACGUCUACCAGAACGUGGGCAUAUUCCGAGUGACCGUGCAGGUGGAAAACAGCCUGGGAUUGGACAGCGCUGUCCUGUACUUACAUGUAACUUGCCCCCUGGAACAUGUUCAUUUGUCUCUCCCAUUUGUUACUACCAAGAACAAAGAGGUCAAUGCUACGGCGGUACUGUGGCCCAGCCAGGUGGGCACGCUGACUUACAUUUGGUGGUUCGGGAACAACACCGAGCCACUGGUCACCCUGGAGGGGAGCAUCACAUUCACAUUCUCUGUGGAAGGGAUGAACACGAUCACGGUACAGGUCUCGGCAGGGAACACCAUUCUGCAGGACACAAAGACUAUUGCAGUGUAUGAGCGAUUUCAAUCUCUCCGCUUGUCGUUCUCGCCAAACCUGGAUGAGUACAACCCAGAUAUCCCUGAAUGGAGACGGGACGUCAGUAGAGUGAUCAAGAGAGCUCUAGUAGAGGCAACAAGUAUUUCAAGCAAACAUAUCCUGGUCGCAGUCCUGCCUGGUUUGCCCACAUCCGCUGAGCUCUUCAUUUUACCGUAUCAAGAGGCCACGGGAGAAAACAAAAGACCAGCAGAAGACCUAGAACAGAUUUCAGCAAUAUUGAUCCACAAACUGAACCAAAACUUGGUCCAGUUUGAGUUGAAGCCUGGGGUUCGAGUUCUGGUCCAUGCGGCUCAUUUAUCAGCAGUUCCCCUGGUGGACCUCACGCCCAGUCACAGUGGUUCGGCCAUGCUGAUGCUGCUAUCUGUGGUGUUUGUGGGAUUAGCCGUUUUUGUAAUUUACAAGUUCAAAAGGAAGAUUCCGGGCAUUAAUGUUUAUGCACAGAUGCAGAAUGAGAAAGAUCAAGAGAUGGUCAGUCCAGUCAGUCAAAGGGAAAGCAUGCCUAAUGUCCCUCAAAGUGAACUGAUGAGCCCUGAGCAACUAGUAGAUGAGAAGUUGGAUACCCGGCCCAUAGGAAGUAUUUCCAUAGCUGCUGAGACUCAAAGCACAAAAGAAAUCCCUACCUAUGUAAAUGUUUGA